AUGUCAGGCCUUGAAUUAGCUGCGCUUGGAGCGCUGGCGGCCGCGUAUACUGAUGCUAAUCUUCGUCUUUCGGUUGAUCUAGGAAUGGCUAGUCAGAUUAUAAAGGUGUUCAUCCAAGCAUUUUUAGCAGAGAGAAGAGGACAAUGCAACUUUUACCAUGUCUUCGAAAGAACUGUGAAAAGAAAACCUGAUGGAAUUGCUCUAGUCUAUCCUCGACCUAUUCCUGGUAAGACGUCCAAAGACGGCGAUGCCGCUUUUGCACUGGAGACUUACACCUACCGACAAUUGCAUAAUAUUAUUCUCAAGUAUGCUCACCUGCUACACUUUGAGUAUAAUAUUGGGCAGGGAGAUAGUGUAGCAUUUGACUGUGUCAACAAAUCAGAGUAUGUUUUUGUUUGGAUGGCCUUGUGGUCGAUUGGAGCUAAGCCCGCUUUUAUCAAUUAUAAUCUCAAGGAUCAUUCCUUGGUCCAUUGUAUCAAGGCAGCUAAUGCUAAGAUUGUUAUUGUGGAUGACGAGGUUGCUGACAAUGUUCGACCCAUUGAGGAUAAGCUGGAUGGCGUCCCUGUAGUGUAUAUGGACAAAUACUUUUAUCAACAAGUACAAAAUUCACCUCCAUAUGAUGCUCCAGCUUCAGAAAGAAAUCCUGACGACAAAUUAUUCGGAACUGCUAUGCUGAUUUACACAUCUGGUACCACUGGCCUUCCCAAGGCUGCCAUUAUGUCAUGGCAUAAAGCAACACUUGGUGCCGGCACCUACGCUUACGCCAACCGAAUUAGAUCCACUGAUAUUAUUUAUUCGGCUAUGCCUUUGUAUCACUCGACCGCAUCGAUUCUAGGUUUCCUCAACGCUAUGUAUAUGGGUGCUGGUUAUGCAAUUGGCCACAAAUUCUCGACCUCGACUUUCUGGACUCAAGUCAAGUUGACCAAGGCCACUGGUAUCCAAUACGUCGGCGAAACCUGCAGAUACUUGUAUAACGCACCACCCCACAAAGAUGAACGCAAUCACAACCUUCGGUUUGCGAUUGGCAACGGUCUGAGACCUGACGUCUGGGCGAAAUUCAAAGAGAGAUUCAACAUUAGAGAUAUUGGAGAGUUCUACGGAGCCACUGAGUUCCCUACUGCGGUUACCAACUUCCAGACAGGUGAAUUCGGUAUCGGUUCAGUCUCCAAUUAUGGCAAAUUAAUUAACGGAGUCCUCAGUAAAACUAGAUAUAGAAUUCUUCGGGUAGAUCCCGACGAUCCCAAUGAAAUUUGGAGAGAUCCAAAGACUGGUUUUGGUCGCGAAGUGGAUGUGGGUGAGCCUGGUGAGUUUGUUUUCCGCGUGAAGGCAGAUCGAGUCCAUGAGAACUUUCAAGGAUACACAAACGAUAAGGAGGCCACCAAGAAAAAGAUUCUCUACGACGUUCUUAGCAAGGGCGACGCAUUUAUCAGAUCUGGUGACCUGCUCAAACGUGAUUCCGAUGGUCUCAUAUACUUCGUAGACAGAAUGGGUGAUACAUUUAGAUGGAAGAGUGAAAAUGUGUCUACAAACGAGAUCGAGGAGUCUAUGACUGGAGUUCCAGGCAUUUCCCAAGUUAUUGUUGUUGGAGUUAAGGUUCCCAACCAUGAGGGUCGUGCUGGUUUCGCUGUCAUUCAACCCAACAGUCUCAGCGACCUGCCUGAUCUGGACCAGUUAGCUAAGCAUCUUAUUGCAAAGCUCCCACGAUAUGCUGUUCCCAUUUUCCUGAAGUUUGUCCCUGAAAUCGAAACUACCGGUAACAAUAAGGUGCAGAAGAGCCGUUACCGUAACCAGAAGAUUCCCAGCGACUCAGAGAAAGAGGUCAUCUACUGGCUCAAAAAUGACACCUAUGUACCACUGACGCAUGACGAUUGGAGCCUUGUCACUUCUGGCAGCUCCCGUCUCUAA